AUGGACAAAUUCCGGAUGAUAUUCCAGUUCCUGCAGUCCAACCAGGAGUCCUUCAUGAACGGUUUCUGUGGUAUCAUGGCGCUGGCCAGUGCCCAGAUGUACUCAGCUUUCGACUUCAACUGCCCCUGCCUGCCGGGCUACAACGCAGCCUACAGCACGGGCAUCCUGCUGGCGCCUCCCCUGGUCCUCUUCCUGCUCGGCCUGGUCAUGAACAACAACGUGUCCAUGCUGGCUGAGGAGUGGAAGCGACCCCAGGGCCGCCGCGCCAAGGACCCGGCUGUGCUCCGUUACAUGUUCUGCUCCAUGGCCCAGCGCGCCCUCAUCGCGCCCGCCGUCUGGGUUGCUGUCACCCUGCUGGAUGGCAAGUGCUUCCUCUGUGCCUUCUGCACAGCUGUGCCUGUGGCCACGCUGGGCAAUGGCAGCCUAGUGCUUGGCCUGCCACCUCCAGAGCUCUCUCGUCUGCUGGCCCGGGUGCCCUGCCCUGAGAUCUACGAUGGGGACUGGCUGCUGGCUAGAGAGGUGGCUGUGCGCUACCUGCGCUGCAUCUCCCAGGCACUGGGCUGGUCCUUUGUGCUGCUGACCACGCUGCUGGCAUUCGUGGUGCGUUCCGUGAGGCCCUGCUUCACGCAGGCUGCCUUCCUCAAGAGUAAGUACUGGUCCCACUACAUCGACAUCGAGCGUAAGCUCUUUGACGAGACGUGCACGGAACACGCCAAGGCCUUCGCCAAGGUCUGCAUCCAGCAGUUCUUCGAAGCCAUGAACCAUGACUUGGAGCUAGGGCACGCCCACGGGGUGCUGGCCACAGCCAACACUGCCUCGGCUGCCCACAGCCCCUCUGAUGGUGCCGAGGAGGAGAGGGGAAAAUUGCAUGGCAUCACCGAUCAAGGCACCAUGAACAGGCUGCUCACGAGCUGGCACAAAUGCAAACCACCACUGAGGCUGGGCCAGGAGGAGCCACUGAUGGGCAAUGGCUGGGCUGGGGGUGGGCCCCGGCCUCCACGCAAGGAGGUGGCCACCUAUUUCAGCAAAGUGUGA